CAUAUAACACUAACACCGAGCACAAAACCUUGUUAAUUCAGUACAUCACCAACUAAACGAACGAGGCGAACAAUCUUAUCGCAUAGUUAUGAUAGUUUGAGAAAACUGAUAAAGUCUCUGCUUUAAAUAUGCAGUCCCAACCACUGUUAGUUCCAUUUGUGAGUCUUGCUUUAGUUCGAACCAGUCAUGCUUCCCGCAUUCGAUCCAACAACCAAAGUAUGGAGUGGGAUACACCGACCUCCCCUUUUAAAUCCGGAAGCCAGUCUCGGCCAGGUAAUAUUGCACACUUUGAGCCUGAAUCCAUCCAAGGAGAUCCAGAUCGAUGCCGACACGGGACGAUCGAUGACCAACGGGGAGCUGCAGCUUCGCGCUAUUCGAGUGGUGCAGAACCUCAAGGAGCUGGGAUUCUGCAAAGGUGACAUGGUGACCAUGGCCUGUGCCAACAGUGAAAAUGUUGCACCCUUGGCGGUGGGACUGCUGAUCAACGGAAUGCCCUUCAAUACUCUGGCUCCAAGCUACGGCGUGGAUGAUAUGGUUCACAUGAUGAAGAUUACUCAACCUAAGCUGGUGUUCUGCGAUGCAAACAACUAUGAAACUAUCAAACAAGCAGUCGCCUUGGCUGUGAAAGAUAAGCCACUUGUGUAUGUUUUUGAGAGUGGUGAGACGGAUUGUGUGAACAGGGUUGAGGAUCUGCUCAAAGUAACUGGUCGUGAGCAAUUUUUUGUUCCGCCUUACCUGGGCGAAUCUCGCCAACUGAUUGCCAUGAUCCUGUGCUCAUCGGGAACAACCGGCCUUCCGAAGGGAGUUUGUCUAUCCCAUGCACAUCUGAUCACGAUCUACGGUAAUCGUAUGCCAGGCUACAACUUCAAGCUUCUGUUCAAUUUCAGUCCAAUGUACUGGGGUAGCGGAGUCUACACCCUGCUAACUUCACUCAUGAGUGGGAUCACGCGACUGAUAACUCGUCAGCCGUUCAGCGAAGAUCUGUGCUUCGAUCUCCUCGAACGAUACCCCGUGGACGGUCUCUUCACCCCUCCCUCGUACGCCCAUCUGCUGUUGCAGCAUCCUCGCGUGAAGACUGCCAACUGGUCCAACAUCCGACUGUGGGCUUUGGGCGGAAGUGCCGCGUCCGAGCAGAUCCGGAACUCGAUGAACGCACUGCUGCCGCAUGGGAAGGCGUCGAACGGACUGGGAAUCUCCGAGAUUGGUAGAGUUUCGUUUGGGCAGAAACCGUUUGCUGUUGGGAUGUUGCUACCGAACAUCAAGGGAAAGAUCGUCGAUGAAGAUGGCGCGGCUUUGGAAAAUGGAGUUCGGGGAGAACUGAUGCUGAGGUUUAGUGUGAAGAUUCUCGGCUACUACAACAAUCCGGAAGCCAACGCAGAGUCCAUCGACGAAGAGGGUUGGCUGAGGACUGGAGAUAUUGCGUACUUUGACGAUGAGGGUUACUUAUUUCUGGUAGAUCGUAAAAAGGACAUGCUCAAGUAUCGAAACUACCAGAUAUCUCCGUCGGAUCUUGAGUCAAUAGUGGCAAAGAUCGACGGAGUGAGUCAGGUGUGUGUUGUGGGAGUUCCAGAUGAAGAUGGAGCAUCCGAUCUUGCUACGGCGGUUAUCGUGAAGACCCAAGGUAGUCAAUUGAACGAAGAAGAUGUCCUGAAUACAGUGAACGAUCAGGUUGCAGACUACAAACGACUACGCGGAGGUGUGUUCUUUGUGGAAGAUAUCCCGUUGACGGCAACGGGGAAGCCGUUGAAAAGAAACCUUCGUGAACUUGUGCUAAGUAUCAUCAAGUCAAGAGAGUCUUAAUGUUUUAAGAUAAAUUACGAAAAAUCAAACUGCCAACACUGCAAAAUUCACCCCAAAGUACGUCAUGCUCAUCGAACACGUUUCUCAGCUUAGUGAAUGAACAACUCUCUCAAUUUUUAAGAAUGAACCACAACAACGCUGAAUGAAGCCGCUUGUUUUGUAUACUCGUAGCCAAGCCUAAUGAAUAAAAGUUUUUUGCUUUGCAAAGUUGCGGUUUCGUGUGUGAGUGCAUGUUCGGAAUUAAAUUAAUUCACAACGCAUUUACGCGCGAAGUUUAACAUGAGAGGUGAAACUUAAACUUUUUCUACGCAAAAACCAGGGGGGGAAAGUUCACAGGAAAGAAUACUUGCUUUUAACACAAUACAGGUGGAACAAAUAGUAGUUUAUAUUCAAAUUAUGAGUACAAUGUGUAAGGGUGUUAACGAGCUAGAAACUUUCGAACAAUUGAAUUAGUUAAGAUGAGAAACAUAAAGUAAGUUAUUUCACAACAUCUCAAAAAUCAAUAAACUAAACUGUUUCAUCGCCCAAACAAAAUCAACCGGCAAAAUCUACCUCGAAAGAAUCCCCAAAAACUUUAUCUCAUUCCAAGAAUCAGCUGCUGGAACAAAAGAUCAAAAA